AUGAGCAAUAUCCACGAGGACGUUCUGAAAGACACCACUCAUCCACCCACCGUUCAACAUAAAAAUCCUCCAAACUCGGAAACAGGCACAUGUUCAGAGAAACUAGUGCAAGUAGACAACGCUAAAAUCAAAGAAUAUGAGAAACCAUCCUAUAUACAUGGCGCAAAAGAUGCACUUACUGGUACAGUCAAGGAGAAUGUUGCCAGAUUAACUGGCAAUGAGGAAACGAAACAGUCUGGUCAUCAUCAGAAACAAAAAGGGUUGGAAGAAAUUGAGAGUUCGGUAAAGGAAGAUGAAUAUGAUGAUUCCGU